AAAAGCCUUCUACGUAUGGCUAAAUGAAACGUGAUGGUAGCUACGCAAUUGCGCCAUCAAUUCACCCGUCAAGCGAUUGAGCCCAAUAAUGAACAUUGGCAAAGUUGGUGUGGGCGUGACUCGAUGAUUUAUGGAGCAGGGGAGAAAGCUUCUGCCAGGGCAGAACGCUUUGCCGACUCUCACGUCCUCCGAGCCCACCCUUCUCCACACCACGUUCAUCCGUCUACAAACCCAACGCCAGCCCACAAUGGCUUCUCUACAAACUUUGCAAACUCUUAGACCCUUGGCCCCACACAUUCCCUCCUCCAUAUCCUCACCAUGGACGCUUUUGAAUACAACGCCAACCCAGCCCGCGUCGUCUUCGGCAGUGGCAGCAUUCAAAAGCUCCCAGCAGAACUGGGCCGCCUGAACGUUUCCGCGCCAUUGCUCCUCAGCACCCCUCAGCAGACCGAUCAAGCAGAUGUCCUGAAAAAGAUCCUCAAUGGCAAGAUUGCAGGCCUCUUCAGCGAGGCUACCAUGCACACGCCGACGCACAUCACGGAUAAAGCGCUCGAGUACACCAAGGCGCAGAAAGCAGACAGCAUCGUGUCAAUUGGCGGCGGCAGCACGAUUGGGCUGGGGAAAGCCAUUAGCAUAAGAACCGGCUUGCCACAUGUCUGCAUCCCGACGACGUAUGCGGGCAGCGAGAUGACCCCGAUCCUCGGGGAAACGGCCGACGGCCGCAAGACGACUCGCACUGAUCCCAAGAUCCUCCCGGGGACGGUCAUCUACGACGUGGACCUCACCAUGACGCUGCCCGCGGGGCUGAGCUCCACGAGCGGCGUCAAUGCCAUUGCACACGCGGUCGAAGCCCUCUACGCCCGCAACACCAACCCCGUCGUGAACCUCCUCGCCCUCGACGGUAUCCGCGCGCUCGCCUCCUCCCUCCCGAUCCUCGUAAAAGACCCCUCGUCCGCCUCCGCACGCUCCUCCGCCCUCUACGGCGCCUGGCUAUGCGCGACUUGCUUAGGCACCGUCGGCAUGGCGCUGCACCACAAGCUCUGCCACACGCUCGGCGGGUCCUUCAACCUCCCCCACGCGGAGACCCACACGAUCGUGCUGCCCCACGCGCUAGCGUACAAUGCGCCUGCGAUUCCGGAGGUGAUGGCGAAGCUGGCGGCGGUGCUGCCGGGGAGCGAGGGGGACGCGGUGCAGGGGCUGAACGUGUUGCUGAAGAGCCUGGGCGUGAAGCGGGCGUUGAAGGAUUAUGGGAUGAAGGAGGAGGAUGUGGAGAAGGCGGCGGAGAUUGCGGUGUCGAAUCCGUAUUACAAUCCGAGGCCGGUGGAGAGUGAGCCGGUUAGGGAGUUAAUAAGGAGGGCGUGGGCGGGGGAAGAUGCGAGGGUGUUGUAGAUACAGUCGUAGAAGACACCAUUCUGAACUGGUAUCUAGAAAGCGGACUGGCUUCCGUUUAUGCUUUUUAGUAUUGUCCCAUUUCCAUGGUCCAAUUGCCAAUCUCUUCCAAUAAUAUGCCAAAACCAGCCCCAAAUCGCACGGACUGGCUCCCCUUUAUACAUCUUGAAGCACUGUAAUCUCCCCCGAUUCCGAGAUCUGAUUCAGAGUGUAGCGGAUACUACAUGUUAAAAGAGACAGAAAAUCAGGUCGA